AUGGGUGCCUGUUCGGUCGGCCUCCAUAACCGCAACAUUGUGCCUGAGGUCCAAGAGAACUUCCUUUGUCUUUGGGAGCACUGUCAAAGAUUUCAAUGUUCUCACUGCUCUAAACGUUUUGCCACUGAGAGGCUGCUGAGAGACCACAUGAGGAACCAUGUCAACCAUUAUAAAUGUCCACUGUGUGAUAUGACCUGUCCAUCACCAUCCUCGCUGAGAAACCAUAUCAAGUUUCGUCAUUCCAACGAGAAGCCUUACAGCUGUGACUACUGCGAGUACAGCUGUAAAAACCUGAUAGACUUGCGGAAGCAUUUAGACACACACAGCAGUGAGCCAGCAUAUCGAUGUGACUUCGCUGAUUGCGACUACUCCACCCGCUCCCUUUACUCAAUCAAGAACCACUACAAACGUGUUCAUGAGGAAGGGGGCAAAAACUUUUUCACACCACUGUAUAAAUGCCAUAUUUAUUUUGAGGGGGGUUUCCAGUGGACAGUAAACCUAACCCAUCUAACUUGACUAUGGUCUUUUGCCCUGUACCAAUCUUUCAGGUAUAAAGAGCAUGAAGAUGGGUUCAUGCGCCUGCAGCUGAUCCGCUAUGAGAGCGUGGAGCUAACAGAGCAGCUAAUGCGGGAGCGGCAGGGAGAGGGGGACAGCAGUGAGUCCAGCCAGCAGAACGUCCAGCCCGGUGAAGAACUGGAGGAGUCGGGGCCCCUCGGCACCAUGGGUGGAAAUACAGAGGCAGGAAUAAGAAAGGAGGGAGUGAAUGACUGUAGGACACAGGAAAAUACAGAAAGUGUGUUCUUGGUGUUGACAGCCGGCACCUCCUCAGAAACAGACUCUACAAGGGAGGGGUCCGUAAUGCGUCAGCUACAAGACACUGCCCAACAGCUGGGCAUGGAGGUGGUUUAACUGCAUCUCUGAUUACUGCAACGCCCUAAAACUGCUGUGUCAGACAAUAAAAAGGUACAUUAGGACAUUCCAAAUAACUCCGUGACAAAAAGUGCUAUGAUACUAACGGGACCAAAGCAGGAAUAGAGUGUGUUUGAGGAUGCUGUCGUCAUCAUCAAACCCCUUGAACACCGUACUGAACAGAACAGAUGAAGCUGAAUCACAGGUUAGCUCUGAGGAUGUGGUUAAAUGAAUAGUUCACUCAAAAAGGACCAUUUUUGUUAUAAUUUACUCCAUAAAUGUCCCCAUAUUAUUUUUGUUUGUCACAAAACACAAAAUGAGAUGUCAAGCGGAGUGUGCGAGUUGCAUUUUUCCAUUCAACAAAAAUGAAUGGUGAUUUAUUCCACUAAGCUCCAAAAUGGACAAAAACACUGAAAGUAUGUUAAAUGUAGCUCCUGUGACUUGUAUGUUUUAAGUAUUUAUGUGAUUUUUUUCCCCCCUGUUUGGAGCUUAGAAAAGUAAGUCACUUUCCUUGUAGGGAAAACACGCUCGCACACAUUCAAGAUGUCUUACUUCUUGAAGGACACUGCAGGGUUGGAACAAUAAGAUUAAAUUACGCCAUUUUAAUUUUGGGCUAAACUAUCCCUUUGAAUUAGACUGUGUGUGUGUGUGUGUGAGUGAGAGCAACAAACGAGAGACAAGAGGGUAAGGGAGAACAGAAAUGUAUCCUACUGAACAGUUUAAUCAGCUUUCUUUGACUCUUAAUGUAAAGAAAGAUGGACAGAUCUCUGUGGAGAACUCUUUACAGUGUAUAGUUGUAUACAGUGUGCUUCUGUUUUAAAGAUGAAUUGGAAGUGCUUCUGAACUUUAAACUGGCCACCAUUCCUCUUUAAUUUAUUUUUCAACUUCAGAUCAGUUCUGUUGUCCAGAAAGGCCCAUUCUGGUGGAAGCUUCCAGUUUCUACUGCUGUUCUAUCAUAGUAGUAGUUAAAAUUAAUUGUUUUUUUA